UACGUUCGCCGGAGAGAAGUUUGAAAAUAAACGUGAAACUUUUUUCUCUUGACGUACGUAGAUUUUAUUUUCAGUACUUUCUAACAAGUCUGAUAGAAUAUCAAUAAAGGAAGCGUAACGAGUUAGACGAGCGACGCGAGGCAGAGAAAACGUAUUCUCAGGCUGCGAUGUCCUCCCAAGAUGAAGAUCCGUCGGCUGCCCUGUCUGCUGUCCUGUCUUCUGCAUGGACAGCUGCUUUGUCGGCUGACACGGCUGUUGCCAUGUCCGCGGACGCCAAAGCCGAUCUCGCCAAACUGUUAGACGAGUGGGAGGUGGCGCAUCAUGGAACCACAGAGCAACUGGUGUCCGUCUUAACCAAAAUGUCUAAGCUGAUUGAACAGGAAACAGAAGGGUAUUAUAAAGCGGAUCCAGAUCCCUUUGAUGAUCGUCAUCCAGGACGAGCUGACCCAAACUGUAUGCUGGGUCAGCUGCUGAAGAUGCUGUUUUUAAAUGAUGACUUCACUAAUGCGCUUUUGGACACGUAUAUCAUGACCAAUCGAGACGUUACCCUCAACACAGCAGCCUGUCGCCUCCUUCUGAACAUUGUCCCAGGCCUGGAUACAGCUGUCGUCUUUGAGGAUAAGGAAGGUCUGGUUGGGAAGUUGUUCAGCUGGGCCCGUGAAGCCGAGCGGCCGCUGUGCGUCUAUGCCAUUGGCCUGCUGGCCAGAGCCAUGAGCAACCAGGAGGUGGCGACUAGCUACAGGGAGGACAACGCUCAGUUGGUAUCCGUGAUGAUCAAACGUCUACACGAGCUGCAAUCUGAUCCCACGAGGCACUUUAAACCCAUCCACGCUGUCCAGAAUCUACCUCAAGACACUCUGGAUGAACCCGCCCAAACCUCAGGUGUCACACAAACACAGCAAAUCCAGACAGAAGAGGAAGAUGCUUUUGAAGAGGAGAGGAGAAAAGAAACAAAUGUUGGAGAAACCAGCAGAUCGAUGCCAAAGGCCAAAUGUUCUGCCCAGAGAAACAGUGGUGGUAGCAGCAGCUCCACUCGCCUUCUUCCAAACUUUGUGUAUCAAGCAAGCCCUCAUCCACCUUCCAGGGAGAAGGAAGACACUCAGGGAGGAGAGGAAGGAGGAGGAGGGAAUAGACAGACUGUAAAGGAGAAUGGGAGGAAGGCUAAACAGAAGCUCCAUUUUACUACCUCCACUGGUGGUAGUGAGGAGGAGGCAGAGAGGUCUGAUCCCAGCGAGCAGCCGAGCGGCGGCUCAUCCUGGUCUGAGAUAAGCUCCAUUCUGAUCGGCUCCGACUACCGGCUGUCGCCACUGAGCCCAGCCAUGGAGCAGAGGCUCAUCCUGCAGUAUCUGACGCCACUCGGAGAUUACCAGGAGCUGCUUGCAGUCUUUAUGAAACUGGACACUCGGUCGCUGAUGAUGAACUACAUCGACCUCAAGAAGACCAAAAAUGUUCAGCUUACCUUUGAUGCCCUGCUGUAUCUCGCCUCGCUGCUCCUUCAUAAGAAGUUUGCUUCCGAGUUCAUUGCCCAUGGAGGAGUGCAGAAACUCCUGGAGAUCCCAAGGCCUUCCAUGGCAGCAACAGGAGUUUCUCUCUGCCUCUACUACCUGGCUUACAAUCAGGAUGCAAUGGAGAGGGUGUGCAUGUUCCCAGACGGUGUGCUGUCAGACAUGGUGUCCUACGCUCUGUGGUUGCUGGAGUCGUCCCACGCCUCAGGCGUCUGCCACGCCAUCAUGUUUUUUUCCAUUUCUUUUUUAUUCAGGGCGGUGUUGCAACUCUUCGACCAGCUCGAUGGUCUUCGCAGGCUGGUCAACCUGAUCAGUACUUUGGAGAUCCUGAACAUAGAGAAUGAGGCGUCGAUAAUGAGUGACGACCAGGUGUUCUCUAGCCGACAGACAGCCAAGCACACCUGCAUGGCACUACGCAGGUACUUUGAGGCUCACCUGGCAGUGAAGACCGAACAGGUGAAACAGUCUUUGCAUACUUCAGAAAGCGGCACCAUCAUUCCCCAGCAGCCAUACUACAAGGCCUAUUCAUAUACCAGAGAGCAAAUAAUUGAGAUGAUGGAGUUCCUUAUCGAGUGUGGACCUCCUCAGCUCCACUGGGAGCCAGUUGAAGUUUUCUACAAGUUGUCCUGUGUUCCUUUAAUGCUGCAGCUCAUAUCCGCAGCCUGCGACUGGAAGACCUACUACGGCAGGAGCGACACAGUUCGCUAUGCUUUGGACAUCCUGGCUAUCCUUACAGUUGUUCCUAAAGUCCAGCUGGUGCUGGCUGAUACUGUGGAAGUUCUGGAUGAAGAUAGGUCCCCUGUUCCCACUGUAGGGAUGAGCAUCAUUCUGGGUGUUGCUGAAGGUGAAGUGUUUCCUAACGAUGCUGAAAUUCAGAAGUCUGCUUUGCAAGUGAUAAUAAACUGCGUGUGCGCUCCAGACCAGAGCCUGAACAGUGUCGGCGCUUUUGCCCCCCUCCGACAGUCUUUGCACCCCCAGCAGCCCCCUCCCACCCACAACAGAGUGCUGGCCCACAUGUGGCAAGUAGUGCAGAACAAUAAUGGUAUAAAGGUGCUUCUGUCUCUGCUGUCGGUGAAGGUUCCCAUCACAGACGCAGACCUGAUCCGCGCUCUGGCCUGCAAGGCUCUGGUUGGACUUUCUCGCAGUUCUGCCAUCAGACAGAUCAUCAGUAAGCUGCCGCUGUUCACCAGCAGCCACAUUCAGCAGCUCAUGAAGGAGCCGGUGCUGCAGGACAAACGCAGCGAGCACAUCCACUUCUGUCGCUACGCCGUCAAGCUGACCGAGCGAGUGUCUGGCAAGCCCCUCAUCAUGGGCGCUGACGUUUCGCUGGCUCGCCUGCAGAAGGCCAACGUGGUCGCCCAGACUCGCAUCACGUUUUCUGAAAAGGAACUCCUCAUUCUGAUUAGGAACCACCUUGUUGCCAAAGGACUCCAUGACACAGCAAAUACCCUGGUUAAAGAGGCGAAUCUACCUGCAGCAUCUCUCUGUCCUAAUUCUGCCUCAUGUGUCACCCCUGCCUCCUCCAUUUCAAAAUCUAGGACUUGUCGGUUAGCCAGUGGGAUUGCGGCUCGUGUUGCUGCCAAUGUUGGAACCUCUCCCUUGUCCUCGGGUAAUUCAGCUUCCUCUGCUCCUUCUUCCUCUCGUUCACCUGCCGUUCCUCACUUGUCAGGUUCCUGGAUGUCUACCUCAACUGUUCCGACUACUCCUCCUCAUCCUGCACCUCAUGGGCAGAGCUCGCAUAUUGUUGGCCGGAUUUUGUUCUCUCGGGAACGAACGGUGGCCAGCUGCAACUCAGGGAAAAAACUGCGUGCACUUAAACAGAAGUCUGACCAUGGUGCUUUCAUACAGACCCCAGCUAUGAAAAAGCAGCUGGAGCUCCACCUUCCUUCUCCGCCGUCCCUUGACAGCAUCAUCACAGAGUACCUGAGGGAGCAACACGCACGCUGUCCGAAUCCUGUCACCACCUGCCCACCUUUUUCCCUUUUCAACCCUCACCGCUGCCCAGAGUCCAAACAGAGGCGACAGGCAUCACCCAACUUCACCGCUCGUCUGGGGAGUAGAGUGCUGUAUCCCAAAUAUGGGGGUGUGGACAGAGGAAGUCUGGACAGACAGCUGAUAUUCAGCAGGUUUCGCCCCAUGUCAGUUUUCCACGAAGGCGAUGGCGGCGAUAGCAGUUUCACCUGUUGUGCCUUUUCAGCCUGCGAGCGUUUCCUGAUGCUGGGAACCUGCUCCGGUCACCUCAAACUUUACAACAUCUUCUCUGGAGAUGUGGAGGCCAACUACACCUGCCAUGGAUCGGCCAUCUCUCACAUCGAGCCUUCCCGGGAUGGUAACUUAGUUCUUACCUCUGCUUCCUGGAGCAUCCCUCUGUCAGCUCUGUGGAGUAUGGGCGGUGUCUUUAGCAUGAAGAACUCCUUUGGAGAGGAUCACCAUGUUGAGUUCAGCAAACUCUCUCAGGACAGAGUAAUUGGCACGAAGGACCAGGUUGCACACAUCUACGACAUCCAGACGGGUGAGAUGGUCCUGACCCUGAACGACCCCGCAUUGGCCAACAAUUACAAGAGGAACUGUGCCACGUUCAACCCCACUGACGACCUGGUGCUUAAUGAUGGGGUGCUGUGGGAUGUGCGGGCAUCACGGGCCAUCCACAAGUUCGACAAGUUCAACAUGAACUUCAGCGGGGUUUUCCAUCCAAAUGGCCUGGAGGUCAUCAUAAACACGGAGAUUUGGGACCUGAGGACCUUCCACCUGCUCCACACUGUUCCUGCUCUGGAUCAAUGCAGGGUGGUCUUUAACAGCAAUGGCACCAUCGUGUAUGGAGCGAUGCUGCAAGCUGAUGAUGAGCAUGACGUCAUGGAGCAACAGGUGACCAGUCCAUUUGGCUCAUCUUUCAGAACCUUUGAUGCCACAGACUACAAGCCUAUUGCCACACUGGAUGUAAAGAGGAACAUCUUUGAUCUGUGUACUGAUACUAAGGACUACUACCUGGCUGUCAUAGAGAACCAAGAUGCAGUAAGCAUAGAUACUGUAUGUCGUCUUUAUGAGGUUGGACGACAGAAACUGGCAGAAGAAGGAGACGACGAUGAUCAGGAUGAGGAUCAGGAUGACGAUGAUUCCUCAGACACAGAUGAUGAUGACGACGAUGAUGACAUAGAUACAGACCCCCUCAUUGCGGAACUGGCAAAUAAUGAGGAACAGGAGAACCAGGAUCAAGCGAACUCCCCUGAAGAUGAGAGGAUUGAGGCUCUUCUUGGUAGUAGCAGUGGUAAUGAUAACAUCAGUGACUCUGAUGAUUCAGACCAAGAAGAAUCAGACUUCAAUGUGACAUUGUUUGCAGAAGAAUCAGAUGACGACGACUCCGACAUGUUUGGAUCCAUGCCUGAUGUCUGGUUUUAAUGAUGUAGGAGAAGACCCGCCCCCUGCAGAGCAUUUGAACCCCUCUUAAAAGUUAAUGGUACCAAAACUUAAAAAGGUUUCACAUAAACAUCUUCACUGACCACUCAUUUCCCAUUUCUUGUUUCUGUUUGAGUAAUUUUAAAAGGUUUGGAAUAUGUAUGUUGCUUUAUUGGCUCUUUGCUUCUGCUAGAGACAUGGAGUAGAUCAUCUUUUCUACUACAGUAAUAUGCAGCAGAUCCACAAGUAGACCCAGUUAUGUAAGAGUGAGGAGAAAAUUUACAAUAAAUUACAAAAUUAUAAAAAAAUUUCUGACAUAAUUAAAGUUUUCCAUCUUAUUAUUCAAGCAUUGUUUUACUGUUUAGCUCAAAAGUCCAACUUUUAUUUAAAAUUAUAGAUUUGACCCACAGAAAUGUCCAAAUGUUCCAGAUUUAUCAGAAAACAAACACUUUUUUGAUCCUGACGUCAACUAAUGUGAUAAUAACCUUUUGGACAUAUAAAAAGCCCAUGUGCCUCAUUUUUGUGAUUAUGUUGUUGUACUUUACUGUGCAAAGUCAUUUGAAGUGUUUUCAUGUCCCCUGUCUAUGUAGGAAAUGUUUUUAUAUGGACAUGUUUUAGACAAGCCAGAGGUGGCAUCUUAAAAAUUUGAAAGCUAAUCCAUAAACUAGAGACUUUAGGAGAGAUGAGUUAGCUUCUUCCAAGUAACCUCAGCUGUCUGGGUGCGAUUUAGAUACUUUCAAUAGACAAAGGAGGAGUAAAUCUAAUUCUAGACAAUUUUCAGAUGGCUUUACCUUCUGAAAAAAACUCCAUAUAAAGUGUUAAUCAUAGCUAGGUAUUCUUACAUACUGUGAAAAUUGAUUUAAUGGCAACUGAAAUCGAGCCAUUAGGAAAACAUGGGCAUUUAGAUUUGUUACAGUUUUUUUCUUUAUCAAAUUAUAGGUUGGCUAAACAAAGAUAUAACUAUUGUGUUGCUUGCACUAUUAUUAAUAUUGGGAAAUGUCUCAAAUGCCCAAAUUCAGCUCUUCUUUGGUGUUAAAGAUCCAGUGUGGGACUUUUUGGUGAUGUGGAAAUCACUAGGAUACCAAAUAUUGUCUCUAAAGUUUAUAUUUCUGUUGUUUUAUGUAUCCUUGCAAGUGGAAAAUAAGUUUCAGUUAGCUGCAUGACCUAUUUUCUCCACCAGAUGGCAGCACACCCACAUUUGAUUUGACUGAAUAUUCUAACCCAGAAUAUUUCACGGUUUAUUAUGUGUUAGAAGUACUUUUUAGUCUUAAGUUGUUGUUUUUUUUUCCUGUAGAUUAUCCAACGUUAGCCUUAGGAAAUGUAUUUCAUUCAUUAUUUAUUUUGACAUUUCUUUGUUGGAGUUGCUAUUUUUCAUUUUGUUUUUGCUUUUAGCUCUUGUGCCCCUCAGGUAUCGGGAAGCAGUAAGUAGAUCAGUGUAAGCACCGAUCAAGAUGGUUAGGUGGCUACAAGUAUGUUAAUAUGUUUUUUACAUAUUUAAAAAUGUGAAGAACAAAAUAAUGUAGGGGUAGCAUAUGUGGUUGUGUUUUACUAUGCUUAGAGUCCACACAUCUUUAGCAGAAAGCCUGUCUUGUUAUUUAUGAGCCAAAAUUCUUUGCUUUAAGCAGCGAACGUUCCUGUCAAAAGAAAACGACACUACAGUCUUUUACUGAUGCAACCUGUAAAGGCUGAAAGUAACAAAUGAGAUUUUCCUCAUUCAUCUGACAAUAUUUGAAUAAUUCAAAUGCUUGCUUACUUAAAUUAAUACAUGUUAAAAAAAAACAGUGUUACAGGCAGUUAUAGUUUGGUAUGAGGCUGGUUGACUUCACUUUGUGUUUCGUUAGUGCAGUUUUAUACUGCACUCUGUUUACCUCAUUAAACAAUAGUCUUUUACAUCUGUAUAUAUACUCUCAUUUUCAUUUUACCUAUUUUAAGGGGAUAAAAUGUAGAAAAAUGGUUAUGAUUACGGGUCUACAAGAGUGCCAUUAGUUUACAAGUACUUAAGCCAGUCUAAGAUAAAAAUAUGAUUAAAAUAUGCAAAUCCUUGUAAAACUUUGUACUGUUUUCAGUAACCUGUUCUGUUCAACUUGUGAAUCCGCAUCAAACAAUCAGCAAAAACAUGGCAGCAGCCAGAUUUAUUUGGCUUUAUCAGUCCUUUUCAUCAUUAUUAUUGGUAUUUUAUUAACUGGGACAUGUUUUGGAUGCACAGCUGCAGCUAGUGAAUAGCAACUUGGGUUUUCCCUAUAUAUAGUUUUUUUAAAAGUCUGGUUUCUGACUGAAUGAUUGUGUCAUCAUGCCUGAGAGGCAUUUUCGUCAUUAAUAACUUAAAUUGAAACUUUAAAAUUCAGUUAAACUGUAAAUAAGUUUGAAAUGUUUGUUGAAUUUACUUACUAUUGUUUGUUUCUUUGUAAAUUAAAAAUAAUCCUAUGCAACUUGUUGGUGUCAUAAUACCAGCAUGGGCUAAAAUUAUGAUCAUCAUGGUGAGAUAUUGUUGUUUCUUUCUCGCCAUAGUAAAUCCAACCUUUUGAUACACAUUUGCAAUCUUUUUCUCUUUGCUUUCUGUAAGAUAGAAAACAUUUAACUGUAGUUCAUAUGUCAGUACUGAAAAAAAUAAACUGGAAUAAUUGUUUUUCGUGCGCAUUAUUGGAUAAAGUGUGUGCUGGAACAUUUGCUUUUUGAUUGAAGGUGCUUUUUUGUCAGUAGAGGUCAGUGUUGCCAAAUUUGAAUAAACAGCAAAAAACUUUA